CUUCAAUCAUUCCAACACACACACACACCGAAGGUUCCGGGACACACCGGGGAAUUUACACGAAAGCCAGCGACACGCUUUCAAAUUGGCAACCUGGCUUUUGCCAUGGACGAGUCACUAAAUCUGAGUGUCAGAGGGAUACAGCAUCAACUGGAUGAAUCCGAGGAGGACCAGGAGGAGGAGGAGCAGGAGGAGGAGGACGUGGACAUCGAGGAGGAGGAGGAAAUGGAGAAGGAGGAUGAGGAGGAAGAGGAGGAGGUGGAUGAAAUCUUCCUGGAGAAUGUGGUCGAGCUUGAGGACGGUACCCGGCUCCUCUACUUCUUUCGCAAAAUUUACCGCUUCGUGAGGUCAACAUUUUUUAUGACCACCUAUGUGGAGCAGUUGCCGACUGAAUAUUUUACGGGUUUCAGUAAUAUGCACCUUGUGCACCAGAUCAAGAGCGAUCGACAGGUGAAUCGGUACCGCUUCUACCACCUGACGCUCUACUUCCGCGCCUUCAGAUCCACCACAUUAUCCUGAGGAAGGGAUACCUUGCCGUGGUGCAAUCGUGUCACAGCCAAAUUGAAAUUCCAUUUGGCAUUUGUUCGGAGUUGUUGGCCCAUCUCGUUUCAUUUUGCGCCCUGGCAUUCACUUCUUAACCCCCUUUACCCUCCUGAGAAAAAACCCACGUCUCUGCCCUUUUCUGGGGCUCUCUGUAUGUGUAUGUGUGUGACAUUUUGGCAGCAGUUCAACGGAAAAACGUUUGGCAGCAGGGCCAGAAAAUGAUAAGCCUGGGCAGCGCAAAAAAAGAAAAGAGGGGCAAACAACCAAGGAAACGGUUCACUGAGUUAAAUAAAAAUUGAAAAAA